AUGUGUGCCAGGCUGGGUGCCGCCACCGGGCUGAACUCAGUUGUGGUGGUUGUUUUAAUCCUGUCCACUAUUAUCCCGCCGUGUUUGAUCUCCGGUGUGCCGAUUGCUGAUGCCGUUGGGGCGCUACUUACCCAUAUCGAUAGCCCUCUGAAGGUAACCUUUCUCGUCGACUGCUGGUCAGAUGAGCAACGCCUAAAUUUGGGUAAAAUCGUGUUGCGAAGGCACCUUUGGCAGUUCGUUCCGCGGGACGAUCAUCUGAGGACAUGGCGCACGGUUCUGGACGACGACAGGACGAGCCAUCAGACCUUGGUUAUUGUAGAUUUGAAAUGCAACGCAACGGGGCGGUUCCUGCGAGAGGCGGAACAGCGGUUGUACUUGAACUUUCGCUGGUUGCUGGUGGAUACUGAGGCACUGGAGGUACCGGACCUGGCGGUGGCGAGCCAAAUGGAACGCUACUUGGGCGUCCUCCAACCGUGUCCCGUGCUGCUGAGUAGUGAGGUGUUUUUGAUGGUGACGGAACCAGAGCAAGCGAUUCUCUUCACCCAAGUCUACAGGGUGUCCCGCGAUACUGCGCUUCGUGUGGAGGACUACGCGCGUUGGAGCACAACCCAAAUGGAGGAUCUACGAACGGAGAAGGUCACUUCCGUGAGGCGCAAGAACUUGUACGGCCACCAGCUGCGGGCCUCGAUGGUGAUCACCAAUCCCGACACCAUCCACCAUCUGACGGACUAUAAAGAUAAGCACAUCGAUACCAUCACGAAGGUGAACUACCUGCUCACCAACUGCCUGGCGUCGUAUCUCGGGGCGUCGGUCAGCUACUCGCGGGUGUCCACCUGGGGCUACUACAACGCCACCACGCGCCUCUGGGACGGUAUGAUCGGUGAGCUGGUGCACGACACGGCCGAUCUCGGCGCCUCGCCCCUAUUUCUCACCGCCGAUCGUACCGCGGUGAUCCAGUACCUUGCCAUGACGUCGGCCACACGCUCGAAGUUUAUCUUUCGCUCCCCGAAGCUUUCCUACACCGAGAACGUGUUCCUGCUUCCGUUCGAUAACGACGUCUGGGCUUGCGUGAUGGCCGUCAUCACCUUUUCGUCAGUGCUGCUUCUCAUCGCACUGUGGGGCGAGUGGAGACUCGCCGGACCCAACGCUCCCGCCAUCGAUCCUGCGACGCUGACGCCAAGCUUUCGCGAUGCCCUACUGAUGACGUACGGAGCCUCCUGUCAGCAGGGUUCGUCGGUGCUACCGCGAAACUGUUCCGCUCGGCUCAUUACACUGCUCACGUUCAUCGUGCUCAUGUUUCUGUACGCCAGCUACUCGGCCAGCAUCGUCGCCCUGCUGCAGAGCCCUUCCACGAAGAUUCGGACGCUCGAAGAUCUGUUGGCGUCGCGGCUAAAGUUCGGGGUUCACGAUACCGUGUUCAAUCGGUACUAUUUUACGCACGCCAACGAACCGACCCGCAGAGCGAUCUACGAGCGUAAGGUAGCGCGGCCCGAUGGCGGACCGGCGGCGUUCCUGGAGCUGGAACAGGGUAUCGACCGGAUACGGCAGGGAUUGUACGCGUUCCACGUGGAGCAAGGCGUCGGCUACAAGGUGAUCAGUGAGACGUACCAGGAGGACGAAAAGUGCGGCCUGCAGGAGAUACAGUACCUGCAGGUGGUCGACCCGUACUACGCGAUCCAGAAGAACUCGUCGUUCGAGGAGCACAUCAAAAUAGGACUGUUUCGCCUUAACGAGCACGGUAUCCAGUAUCGGGAGAAUGCCAAGCUGUACACCAAAAAACCCCGGUGCUCCGGCGGUGGCGGCAAGUUCGUCCCCGUCAGCCUGGUGGACGUGGAGCCCGCCGUUUGGAUUAUCCUCUGGGGAGCCGGCUUGGCGAUGGGUUUCUUUCUGCUGGAGUACCUCUACCACCGAGUUUGGGCCACCGGUUGCCACCGUAUGGCUCGAGAUUCGAGACGCGAACGGUGUCCUUGGUAA